UGUUUAAGUAAAUGGCAGAUUUAGUUUUGUGUAGCAGAUGAAAAGUGUUCCAUAGUAGAAAUUAUUGUGGAUAUGGGUCAAAUACUGUAAGGUACCGUUAUUGUUAUUCUGGAACUCCACUCUCGAGCGUAUGAGGAAUGGAGUAUGAUAUCAACCAAACAAAGGAAGAACUAGAAGUAAAGAAAGCAGCUGCAAUUGAAGAUUUAAGAAACAAAAUUGGAGAAGAAGGAAUUACUUUCCUGAGUAGUUUCGCAGAAUGACCAAUCUGAUUACAAGUCAUUGAUUCCAAAAGAGCAGUCAUACUUUCAUGAUGCAAUAAAACGUGGUGUAUUGAUUGAGUUCUUAACAACAUGAAGAGAGAUUCGUCAUGCUCUUUGUGAAGAAUGAAAAUCAAUGUAGGAUUUUUCUCUAAAGCAAGGUAUCUCGAUGGAAUAAUUGAGACAUUGAAGAAAGAGUAUGAAACCACAAAGAAGGUUAAUUGCUCAGAACAUAGCAAAGAUGCAGAAAUAUUCUGAGAUGACUGAGAUGUUUUUAUUUGUUCAACUUGUAUAGUUGUUUCACAUAAUGGGCAUAAGCUCACUGAAGUAAAUGCAAAAUAUGUAGAUAUUGUUAAGAAGAUCCCUGAUGAUCUUGAGCAAAUGGAAAAGCAUAUCAGUUUGCCAGAGUCAGUUAUUAGCAAAAUUAAAGCUAUUGAUGAGAAGAAUAAAGAUUUCUUACUCUUUAAGCAUGAACAAGCCUUAUCAGUCCUUCCAGAGAUAUUUAAGGAGCAUCACAAGAAAUUAUGGGACUUAUCUGAAGAUUAUCAGAGAACCCUGAAAAGAAGAAAAGAGUAUUUCCAGGGUAAAAAGAAGAAGAUAGACAAGACUAUCAAAGAAGAGAAUGUCUAUAACGCUAAGUAUCUUUAUCAAUCCCAAGAUAAAUUGAAGCAAGAAGCUGCAGUUCUAGAAACUGAGAACAACAAAUGGGUACAGAUGAUCAAAGAUUCUUCUUUGACUAAAGAAAAUAAAGCAGGAGAGACUGUGACAGAAACGUGAGAUAACCUUACUUGAGAAUUAAAAACUGAUGAGGAAACAUGAACGAUAAAUCUAACUUCAACUGAUCCGAAACCUCUCAAACCCGAAUUCCAAAAAUACCUCAUAUUCAUAGCCAAAAACAUCAGCCUUUUAAACAACGAUCAGAAUACCAUCCUUGUUCAUAAAUUCCUAUCUCCGAUUACUUUAGCACGCCCUCGCACAAUAUCCCAUUUACAGGAUCCUAAAGAGAAGAGCACUAAGCUCUUAAUCUACAGAUCUUCUGAACAACUAGUAGAUUACCUUAUAAAUGCUCACGAGUCACUUACUAGUUGUUUACAGAAGUCCCUCCAGACCACCAGUAAACAACUUCUUAAACUCAAGAAGUCUUACCAAAAUGAAAGAUUAAUCUUAACUUUUAAUAAAAAUUUCAAUUAG